ACACUUCUUAUUUUGAUAAUCUUAAGCAGGUAACUAAUUUGACAUGCCUCUGUUAGUCACCUGUGUUUGCAAAUAAUACACUAUAGUUAAGCCAACUUUUUACAUGAAACAUUUCACAGUAUAGGGCAUUCUUUAUAAGCCAUUUAAUCAGUAACAUUCGUGGCUUCAUAAACCCUCACUGCAUUUCUUACAGGGGAGUUGUUGAUUUUGAAAGUGUAGUAGUUAUACCCUUUCCGUGACAUUCACCCAGUGGCACGUUCAGACCAUGCACAAGACCAGUGACAUCAGCAAGCCAUUUAGCAGCCGCUAUGGGUGGACCAUCUGCAAAGCUACUCGUCAGUAUUGAUGUAUGCUUUUCAAACCAGUGUGAUAUCAAAGGGUUCUCUGCUUCAGACAAGCAUUCUUUUUAAUUAAUGUUCUUUAGGGGAAUACCGUAAUUGGAAGCCGUAAUAACUACAAGUUGCAUACGAAUAAUGGCCAAGGGAUAGUUGGAAGUAUUUUACUCAAAUGCAUAAUGAUGCAUACAUUAUUUUAUUUUAUUUUAUAAAAAAAAAAAAAAAAGAAAAAAAGGUUGGUUCUAUAUCAGAGCGCUCCUAUCUUGUGUAGUAAAUUUCCGCUGCUCGGACAGGACAUUUAUCUCCAAGAAGAUGGGAAAACCUAAAAUAUUUGAAAUCUUGCAGCGGGUUAUAUAGUUCUGUGAGUCCUGAAACUUAAGGCAGAGAUGGGGAAACCAGGUGUCAUUAUCAUGUACCAUUGAAUCCACAGUUUGCAAGCUGAUGUCAGACAGACAGGGUGGUCUGUUUCUGAAAUGAAACGUCUUUAAAGGACGUAGAUAGUACCAAAGGCAAGUGGCGAAGCAGGAGGUGCUGCCCUGUUUUCAGAACCUUAGAGUGCAGCUAGUUGCUCUACGGCGGGCCGGAGGAGCCGAAAAUACAGACGAACAUUGUGCAUCUCGUUUAACUGCUUGGCACAGAGCUGUUUGCGGUUCUGAAAGAACUACGCAUAUUAUCGUUUCAUUGAGUUGUUUACCACCACGAUCUGUUGAUAGCGUUUUUUUGUUUGUUUUGCCAGAGCUGAGUAUAGUGCACAUUAUUAUUUUAAAUUAGAUUUCUAAGCCUUGGAAGUGCAAAGCACUGUUUUUUAGAAUCAUUGUGGAACACAUUCUUUGGAGAACAAAAAGUGCUGAAAUUGCACUGAAGCUUCAAUGAGUAUCUAUCUAUCUGUGUUGUAGGACCGAACAGAUUUAAAGGCUUUUGACCAUACCAUACCAUUUUUUUAUUUUAUUAUUUUUUUGCUUUGCUUUAAAACAUCGAAUUGUUUAAUUGAAUGGGUCUACAAUUAUGAGACCACCACACUCAAUUAAACUCUUAAAUCAUUCUGACUAAAUGUACGAGUGCGUCUACUAGAAUAGCUUUUGGUAUGCGCGUCUGCAAACUAGUCGCAACGGAAGGUAUAUGUUUUAGUUGAACUUAGACUAUAGGAUAGUUGCAGUUAAAAAUGCAUAAUAUGUAGUUUCAUUUUUUUAUUUUUUUCAACCGAUGAUAUAGGACUGUUGGAUCUUAGUUGACAACAUUAUUUGAUUUAACAAUAAGAAGAACCUGCUCUACUAGAAGACAUGGCAUAUCUACCUAUGUAUCUGAACUCUGCUAUCCUGGUGCUGUUUAGCUGUGACAUCUGUUUGGUGGGAGCAAAUAGGCCACCAGCUCCUGUCAACGUUACUGUCACCCAGCUGAAAGCUAAUGCUGCCACUGUUUCCUGGGAUGUCCCAGAGGGAGACGUCAUCAUCGGCUAUGCCAUCUCUCAGCAGAGGCAAGAUGGACAGAUGCAGAGGUUCAUCAGGGAAAUCAACACGACGAACCGCGCCUGUGUCCUCUGGGAUCUGGAUGAAGACACAGAUUACAUCGUCCAGGUCCAGUCCAUUGGGCUGUAUGGGGAGAGUCAAGCCAGCAAGCGGGUUCAUUUUCGAACCUUGAAAGAAACGGACCGCUUCCCAUCCAACAGCUCAAACCAAGAUGACCCGACAAUGCAGGGACUCAAAUACCGACAGCUUCAAACUGGGGAGAUGAUCAUUAUAGUGGUGGUGCUCAUCAUGUGGGCAGCUGUGAUUGUCCUGUUCUGCAGACAGUAUGACAUCAUUAAAGAUAAUGAUUCAAACAACAGCAAGGAAAAGGCCAAACCUUCCUCUGAGCACAGCACGCCUGAGCGACAUACAGUGGGGCUGCUGCACAGUAAGUUUCAGAAAGCGCCAUCAAUCAACAUCAUUGAAGUCUGACCCAAGAGUACAGUAUGUUGGCCUAAAGACAAACCAUCUGAAGAGGCUUUUGUGAGAUGGUGGAAUGGUUCCAUGGUGGGAGGCCUUUAACCCAAACGCAUGUCGCAGUCUAAGCCAUUUAGCUUUGCAGGAAAUGUGCAUGAGGCCUCAAACACAAUGCAUGACAAAUGCAAGGUAGCACCCAAUUUAUCUUGAUGAUUGAUCAUUUGGAAACAGAUCCAUCUGAUCUUGGAUGUCCACUCACAGGUGUAAACAGCGAAGGACGAGAAGAUAGGGUUGACACAUUGCAUUAUCUUAACAUUGUGCAUUCUCUGGAAUGAAAUGUCAUUUUUUUUGCCACCCUCACAUGUUUUAGGAGCAGCCAUAUAUGGCAGGAUAUAGGACACAAAGAUACCUGAUGUGGAUGUUAUCCAGAUACACACUGAUUCUAUUGAAGAACAUGAAGCCUGGGUUUGGGUAAAAUUUCCAUUCCCUUUUUCGAGCCUAUUUGAGUACUGACUUAUGAGCCUACAGUACAUGACAGGUUAUGAUGUUCCUGCAAUAUUUAUCCAACUAUUAUUAACUUGCCACAGAAAUAUCAAAAAUUAUUUUCUUUCAGUCAAAAAUGCAUUGUGCUUGUGAAUCAACAAUAACCAUGUACUGUUAUAAUUAUGGCCUUGAGAAAUUCACAGCAGAUUAUUAACACGUUAGCUAAUAGCAAAUUACAAUUCAUAAAAUAGUCGUGUUAAAAGAUAAGGUGCUGGUGUCACAGUUAAGCACUGUACAUGUUAAAUGAUAAGACAUGAAUUCAAAACAUUUUACUAGGUUUAUAUCUGAUAACGCGACUGAUAAUGUGUUAGCCUUUGCUAGUAGUAUCUGCAAGAGGGUAAAACAGCGUUCACAAUUUCAGUAUAAACUUUUUUUUUUUUAAACCGUUUCCCAAACUGUUUUAAAGGGCAUUGGAAAAGUGCAAUGAAAGAAAGGUUAGUACUGUAUACUGUACAGCUGAUGUAAAGUGUGUAAGAAUAAAACCUAUAUCUUAAAUAAGAUAUUUUAAACAUAUCGAAGUGUUUAUUUUAAUUGUUUGAGAUGGACAAAAGAACAUAUUGAGGUGUAAAGAAUAUUAUCGCUAAAUUUGUUUACAUUUUUUUGGAAUAGCAAUUACAUUUUUUAACAGUUAAAUCUCUGAAUGAUAUACGAUGGUAUAUUCAGUACAUUACUGUUAUUUAUUUAUUUAUUUAUUUAUGUUUGGGGGGGCGGGGAAUUACACCAAUAACCAUUAAAAUGUCUCCAAAAUUACAAAGUUUACACUCUGCUUCCAAAUAACAGAAAGGGGUCUGAUACAGUGGAAAGAAAGCUGUAAAAAUCAAAUGUCAAAAAUAAUACAUUUGCUGAUUAUAUUAUAACAAGCACUGUGACAAGGGAUGUGCAUGUGCAGCCUUGAUGUCAGAAUAAACUGUGUGUUAAAACUUUUAAUGAAAUUGAAAUAAAAAUGUUCUACUGCUGUCCAACCCUGAUCAAGGAGGAGUCAAACCCUCUACAUGUUUCAUGCACAAGUUUUUUUACAUUGAGAAAAAUAUAUCCUCCCUGGAUUCCAUUGCAAGAUUCAAUAAGGACUAUAAAUCUGAAUUUAAAGGCUCCGGAAUCUGUAAAACAAAGACACCAAUGGAAUUUAUUUUGGUUCAUAGUGACUGGGAAUAAUUGUGAGUUUAAAAAAAAAACUGUUUCUAAUGGUAACAUUUAAAGCAGUGUGUGUUUAAGAUGUGCCUAGUGCCCUUGAAAACAUCUGAUACGUGAAUCAAUCCUGUCAUUGACAUUUGCUACAAAUCUCUGUUAUCUGUAGAACUAAAUUACACAUGAGCAAUUGUUAGUCAAAUCUUCUGUUAAUUUCUCAAGGGCCUAGUGAUGAUGCUGUGUUCAAUUCAAUUCAGUUUUUUAAAUCAGUAAAAAAUAAAAUAAAAUAAAAAAAAACACUUAAUGGAAUAAAAUAAUUAAAUAUAUUUUUGAAGCCCACAACAAUAUUCAAGACACAACGUUUCUUCUUUUUCCAAAAAGCUUGUAAUCAUUUUUUU